CCCCCUCUGUCCUCGCCUAUCACAUCCUCAGUCCUACAAGGAGUCUUCUCUGAUUGGCCCAAAAGGCUGUUAAUCAUGUGUGAAGAAGGCGGGACCAGGACAAGGGCUGACCUGGAGUCUGAUCCAGUCGCUUUUACGCACAGACCGGACAGUCCGCUUUCCGCGCACGGAUAACAAGAGUCAAAGCGUAUUGUGGAUAGACAGAGGAGCGAGUGGAAGACGAAAAUUAGGAAAGGGGAAGAAGAGGAAAAAGUGAGAGGAAAACAAGCAGAAAAGACGCAAGGACGCACAAGUGUUUUCCUAACUGGAAAGAGAGAUAAGAAGAAAGUGAGUGAGUGUGUGAAAGAGAGAGACAGAAGGAGAGAGAGUGUGUGCGCCUUCACCACUCUCCACUUCUUACACCACCACCAAUUCCAUGUCGCUCCCCGGCUCCCCUCCACUCCUCUCGCCGGGCUCGGGCGCCCCAACUCCGGCCGCGCUCUACCGCUCGGCCCCGGACGCGCUCCUCACCUCCGUCGCCUCCACAGGCACCUCCAGCCCGGCGCACACCAACUCCAACUCUCACUCUCACUCCCACUCCCUGUCCCCGUCUCCGCGGCUCACCAGUAGCAUGCUCAGCGCUUUCCUGCCCGGCUUGGGCAACGGCGGCGCCGCCCCGCUUGUGUCCGGAGGCGGCGCCGCUCUGGGUCCUCUCAGCGGGCUCGGCUCGCUGAACGCGGCCGGCCUGACCCCCGGUUCCCCCGGCUUGGCGCAGACCUCGUCCAGCCCGGGUCUUUGCAGCGAGUGCAAGCUGGUGGAGGUGCACGGCGUGAAGGUGGCCAGCUUCAGCGUGGACGGCCAGGAGCUCAUCUGUCUGCCGCAGGUGUUCGACCUCUUCCUUAAGCACCUGGUGGGCGGGCUGCACACCGUCUACACGAAGCUGAAGAGGCUGGACAUCUCACCGGUGGUGUGCACCGUGGAGCAGGUGCGCGUCCUGCGGGGGCUCGGCGCCAUUCAGCCCGGCGUGAACCGCUGCAAGCUCAUCUCCAGGAAGGACUUCGAGACGCUGUACCAGGACUGCACCAGCGCCAGCUCUCGUCCGGGCCGUCCUCCGAAGCGUUGUUCUGGUGCAGGGAUCCAGGAAAGCCCCAGGCUGCUGCACCCGGGCCUCCCCGGCCUGCUGUCCCCCAACCUGCUGUCACACACCGGCCUGACAGCAGCAGCCAUGGCCGAGCUACAGAAGCUGCAGAAGAUGAAGAUGAUGAUGAGUCUCCAGAACGGCAACGAGUCGGACAACGACGACUUACACUCCAAUACAGGAGGGAGUGAAUGUUCCUGGGAUAAGGAGCGUCUGACCAGCCCCCCUGCUGGAGCCCACAGUGGAGGACAAGGAGGUGGAGGAGCACCAGUAGGAGCAGUGGGAGGAGGAGGAGGUGCAGCAGGAGGAGGAGGAGGUGGGAGGGGGCCGGCCAUCGGAGCUGUCAAUCAACAACAACUCCAGCAGCAACAACAACAGCUACUGGCUAACAGAUUGGACCUGCCCUUCAUGAUGAUGCCCCAUCCUCUGCUGCCCAUGGGGCUGCCACCUGCAUCUGUAGCCAUGGCGAUGUCACAGAUGAACCACCUCAACACUAUCGCCAACAUGGCCGCUGCAGCCCAGCAGAUACACACUCACGUACACCGCGCGCCUGUCAUCAAGGAGAGAGUGUGUGACAGUCCCUCUCUCUCUCCAUCUGUUGAUGAGACCAACACUCCUCUGCAGUCGCAGCCCAGCAGCUCGGCCUCCAGCUCGCCCGAAAGACUGGGAUUGGUGUCAGCUGAUGCAGAUGUUGCACUGCCCAACCCUGCUGCACCCAUCAAGAAAAUAACAAAGGACAAAGAAGAGUCUUCACUGGGACAAGCCCUGCCCCCUGGCUUCCCUGCUCCGUUCCUAUUCGCUGACGGCCUGUCGUCAGUGGAGACCCUGCUCACCAACAUACAGGGCCUGUUGAAGGUGGCGGUGGAGAACGCCCGGGUGCAGGACAAACAGAUCCAGGCGGAGAAAAGAGAGCUGAAGAUGGAGCUCUACAGAGAAAGAGAGAUGAGAGAGAGUCUGGAACGACAGCUCACCUCCGAACUACAGAGCAGAGCCUCCAUCCAGAAGCGUCUGAAGAAGGAGAAGAAGGCCAAGAGGAAGCUGCAGGAGGCGCUGGAGUUUGAGUCGAAGAGGAGGGAGAGAGUGGAGGACGCUCUGAAACACUCGUCCUCGUCCUCUCCUGAGCCGCUGCACGUCGCCAACAACAACACCAAGAACGACGCUGCUGUAGCCGAGGAUAAAGCUGAACUUAAUGGAAACCAGCAAGACAACAGUGCUGUACAAGAAUCCCGGGCGUUUCUGAAGACCCCCAUGAUGUUCUAGAAAGACGGACUCCGCCUCCAGAAAACCCCGCCCCUUUCCACCUUUCCUCUCCCACUCCUGCACAGAAGAACUCCACUAGCCCGUUUCCACAGCAACCACGGCUUCCACGGUAGCCUGGACCACCACGGCAACGACCUCGCCAGGCGGGAUUUUAUCUUUGCUACACGCAAACUUUUUGAUGUUGCUAUGAAACAAUGAGACUACUAGGAGGCACACCCCCCGAUUUGGACUCACUGGGGGGUCGUCUCUCUACUUCUUUCUUCUUUUUAGACAAACUUCACUCCAUUCAUUCCUAUUUUUCUCUCCCUGCACCGGGACUUCUCUCAUCCCUCGUUUGUUUCGAAAACUGAAAAAUAAAACUCAUCCCUGAGCACAUGGCAAGGAAAGAAGAAAAAAAAAAAGUCACCACGAAGCAAACGGACUGGACCGACAUCAACGCGCUCUCAGAUUUGGACAGCUGUCAUCUCAAAUCAACACGGUUGGACGUCAUGCGGGAAAAUAACACCGGGAUCAAUUCAAAAUUCAAGACUUUUUAAAUGGUCCGACAACAAGUGUUUCCGAUUGGUGCCGACAAAACAAGAAUGGUUUGAUGAAGAGUGUAAAUGUUUUUAUUCACGUUCCCCUAAAGAAAAAAAAGAAAAGUUUCAAACCCCCUCUGGAUUUGACGCAACUUCAGUCAACCUCAUUGGCUGGCUGUUAACACCCUCUGAUUGGACGGUAAUCAGCUAAUCGGAGGAGCUCAGGACUGGAGAAGAGGGGUUUAGAAAAAAGAAGUGGAAAAAUAUUGGGAUGGGUUAAAGAAACUGAAGGGGGGGGAAAGAGGAAAACAACUUGGGAGGCUAUUUCUGUCUCUCGUUUCAUUCAUUUUUGUUUUCCGUACAAGGACUGAAAAAAACAAAUGCAUGGGAAAACAUUUCUUAUGUUGUCAUUCGGCUUAUUUUAUCCUCUGUACACUCCUUACCUCCAACACUCUCUCUUCUUCUCCUUCUUAUACUCUUUCUUCCAAUUUUUGGCUUCAUUCCUCUCUCUUUUCUAUAAAUCAGCUCCUCUUCCUCUUAUAUCGUCACCUUUUUUUGCUUGGCUCGUCCCCUCUUCCUUGCUUCUUCUAUCUCUCUUUUAUCCUUCAUUUUUGUCUCUUUCUCUCUCUCUCUCUGUAAAGAGGCAUUACUCUGAAAAUGUUGGAUGCAGCUUUUCAAUGUAUUAAGUAUUUUCUAUCACCCUUAACCUGUGAAAUCAGUUUCUCAAAUGAUGCAAAAGUUCAAAAAAACAAACCCUUUUUUUAUUACAAUGGAGUGAUUUUUAGACACAAUAUUAUAUCCUAAAGGUACGUUGAAUUCUCUUCCUCGACUUUGGACCUUUUCACCUUUUGACCCCCGUUCCCUGUGACCAGGAAGUAGUAGUCACAUUUCUGGUGUUUGUCAAAUUAAAAACGAGGAGCGCUUGAUUUGUCUGUUUUUAAACUCCACUGAUGCAAACUUUUAUCAUGACCUUCCAUAAUAACUUAAACUUAAAUUCAAUUUGAUUCCUUUUUGGUUGGAUUUGAGAACUUAUCCCUGAACGACCCCCUUAAAGUGAUGAAGAGAUCAAGCGCUCCUCAGCUACAUCAAAUACAAGAAACUUUGUAUUCCCCUGAUUUUCUGACCUACUAAGAGUGCAGACUGUUGUGUUGCAGUUUUGUUUAUUCCACUGCGUGUUUUAUUUGUUUAUUUGUUGAUUACUAUUUGAAAUGUGUAGGGGGGGGGUGGUCGGGUUUGGGGUUAAAGGGAUAUUCCGUGUAGAUAGAAACAUUCAGCGUUUUCUUGUUUUAUUAUUUUUUUCUCCUGAUGAUCUCUCAGUCUGUCACUGUUCUCUGGGUUUGAGCUGACUGCAAAUAUACAGUAUUAUAAUGA